AUGACACCGCCGUGCAUGGUGAAAGUAAUGGAGAUUUUCAGGGUGGCUCCGACACCAGACCUAUCAGACUCCCCCGCCGGGCCUAAAUCUCUGCCCCUCACUUUCUUUGACAUUCUCUGGCUAAGGCUCCCACCAGUGCAACGCCUCUACUUUUACGGCAUCUCUACCUCCAAAACUUCAUUCUUCAAUUCGAUCAUUCCAAAGCUCAAACACUCACUCUCUCUCACCCUCCACCACUACCUCCCUCUCGCUGGAACCCUAACUUGGCCUCAAAACUCCCCCAAACCCUCGAUCGACUACUCCGACGGUGACGGAGUUUUGCUGACGAUAGCCGAGUCCGACAUGGACUUCUAUCACCUCUCCAGCAACGACGACUUCCGUCAAGCAACAGAUUGCCAUCCUCUCGUACCCCACCUCAAAGUGUCCCACGAAAGAGCAGAAGUGAUAUCAUUACAAGUCACUCUAUUUCCCAACUCCGGCUUCUGCAUCGGAAUCACCGCCCACCACGCCGUUCUUGACGGCAAAACUUCAACGUCGUUCAUGAAAUCAUGGGCUCAAAUAUGCAGAUCACUUGGCGGAGAAGAGCAACUUAGGCCUUUCUACGAUAGAACAGUCGUUAAAGACCCAGCCGGGCUAGAAACGAUUUACGCAAACGAGUGGCUAAAAGAAAACGGACCUAACAACAGAAGCCUAAUGACAUGGAAUAUCAAUCUUUCCCCGGGGCUAGUUCGUGGCACGUUCGAUUUGAGUCGAGAGAACAUAGACAAGUUGAAGAAAUCAGCCAUGAACAAGACAAUUAAUCAAGGAUUAAUACCACUUCAUAUGUCAACAUUUUCGGUCACGUGCAGCUACACGUGGGUUUGUGUAGUAAAAGCGUUGGGAAUAAGAGAAGAGAAGACACAUCUUGGCUUCAACGUAGAUUGUAGGUCUCGCCUGAAACCUGCUAUUCCGGCGACGUACUUCGGGAACUGCAUAAGCGGUCGGGGAGUGGUUGUAGAGGCGGAAAAUCUUUGGGGAGAAGAUGGGAUAAACUUUGCUUUGGAGGCGUUAAGUAAAGGUAUAAACAGUUUAGAUGAUGGGGUUUUGAAUGGGGCUGAGAAUUUGGCUUCGAUCAUUAUUGGUGCAAACGCUAAACGUAAAGUUGGUGAUGUAUCAAAUAGUAAAGUUAAAGGAGUUAGUUUUGCUGGGUCGCCAAGGUUUGAGGUUUAUUGCACUGAUUUUGGAUGGGGAAAGCCAAGGAAAGUGGAGAUGACUUCUAUAGACAGGACAGGAGCGAUUUGUCUUUCGGAUAGCAGAAAUGGGAAUGGAGGAGUAGAGAUCGGUUUGGUUCUGAGUGUUCCGGAAAUGGAAUGUUUUGCUUCAGAAUUUGUCAAAGGCCUUGAGAACCUUUGA